AUUCCAACAGACUCUUCCUCUCCAACUUAAUUCUCCACAAGAACAAAUUCAAAAUUCAAAAAUCUCAGAGAAGAAAAAAAAAAAAACAAUGGCGUCGAAAUCAGACAUGAAAGGUUUCUACAAGCAAAAAAAGAAUAGUGGUGGCAUCACUAAACAAUCAAAAUCGUCUUCAACAUCUACCAAGAAAUCAACCUCACCAAAAAAGUCUGCAGCAAUUGGCUCUAAUGUUACUCAACCCUCAGCACUCAUCUCUCAUGGAUCUCUUGAUUUGCAAGAUAAUUAUGAUCAGAAUGAGGAAGUGUUGAGGCAAUUCGACAUGAAUAUGGUUUAUGGGCCAUGCCUUGGAAUGAGCAGACUGGACAGGUGGGAGCGUGCUAAGAAACUUGGUUUGAACCCUCCAACGGAUGUGGAGCGGCUAUUAGGGUCUAGCAAGGUUCGCAAUGAGUCCUUGUGGGAGAGUCGCGUUUAGCCACCUUCUGUAUUGCUCCGGUCUUUUGGUUUACGUCUAAGCUGCAAGGCCUCUUUGUUUUGGUUUUGGUUCUUUUGGGGGUGUGGGAAGGUAUCAUAUGUACAAAAAGAUUUACAGCAGCUAGCUGUACUAUAAGUAUCUUUAGCUAUGCACUUCUUGACUGUAACUUAAAUGUGAUUGCCUUGAACUUUUGUGCU